AUGCUAACAAAAUUAUUAUCAAGUUUUUAUUCCUGUAGUGCAGCAGUAACAGGCACCGAACCCUUGUCUAGAACCGCAGCUGUAGCUACCGCUGGGGCAACUACAGACAUGUUCUUUCAAGCAACGUUGGCAAGAACUUUUAUUUCGACUUUAAAACUUAGAGGGGACGAUGAUGUUGUUGACAGACUUAAUUAUUAUUAUACUCCAAUUAUGCUGGCAAUUGCUUGUUUGGUGUUUGGAGGUUCUCCUAUUGAAUGUUGGGUUAAUCCUCAUUCUAGAGAAAGUAUGGAAGAAUAUAUUGAAGCUUUUUGUUGGAUACAAAAUACUUAUUGGGUUCCGAUGUAUGAACAUAUACCUGAUAGUCAUGAAACUAGAGAAGGUGGAAAUAUAAAAAUAAAUUUUAAAUUUCAAAAAAUUUUUUUAGGACAACAAAUAGGCUAUUAUCAAUGGGUACCUUUUAUUUUAAUUACCCAAGCUUUAGCUUUUUCCUUGCCUUGCAUUCUUUGGAGAUUAUUAAAUUGGCAAAAUGGUUGUUUUAAGAUUAAUGAAAGGAAAAUUAUAUUUAAAAAAGGUACAAAUAUCCACCAUCUUAUUUCCGCAGCGGAAGGAGCUAGAACUGUUUUGGACCAAAAUGAACGCGAAAAGGUUUUUCAAGCAUUGGCAUUAACAUUUACAGAAAUAAUUGAUUUGAGAGAAGUAAGGGAAUAUUAA